AUGGAACUUGCGAAAGAAUUUGUUGAGUUUAUCAAUAAAGCUUGUACCCCAUUCCAUGCGGUUGAGGUUAUUUCCUCGUGGUUGACUGCUGCCGGAUACAAAAGACUCCGAGAAGGCGAGGUAUGGCCUCCUAUUCUGGCGGGCGGUCGAUAUUAUGUUACGAGAAAUGAUAGCAGCCUGGUUGCUUUUUCAGUGGGGGGUAAAUUUGAACCUUCAAACGGCAUAAAGAUUGUGGGGGCUCAUACGGAUUCUCCUAACCUUGCAUUGAAGCCAAGAACAAAAGCUGAUAAAGGGGAAUAUCAGGGUAUCGCGGUCCAGUGCUAUGGUGGCGGGCUUUGGCAUACGUGGUUUGAUAGGGAUUUAACGGUCGCUGGGAGGGUGUUUUUAUCUUCAGCAAAAUUGGAGAAGCGUCUUGUGAAUUUAAAACGACCUAUUGUGCGAAUUCCUUCACUUGCAAUUCACCUUCAAACAGCUAAGGAACGUGAGGUAUUUGCACCAAACAAGGAAAAACACUUGGUUCCCAUUAUUGCAACCGAGGUUUCGGGUGCCUUAAAUGGCGACCAAGACAAACAGCACAGUUUUCAUCUUAUGAAACUACUUGCAGAGGAAUUGGGUUGUUUACCGGAUGAUAUUAUGGAUUACGACCUAAGUGUUAUUGAUACUCAGCCAGCGACGAUUGGUGGGGCGUGUGAUGAGUUUGUUUUUGCGCCACGUCUGGACAAUCUAAUUUCUUGUUUUUGUGGUAUAAAAGCGCUUCUGCAAGCAGACAGGAACCUUGAUAUGGACAAUAUGCUAAGAAUGAUUUGUCUUUUUGAUAACGAAGAAGUUGGGUCUGAAACUUCACAAGGCGCAGGUGGGACCCUGGUCCAAGACUUGAUUGAACAUAUUAUGGCCUCAAAGACGCAUCGGUCCACGCUUGUAGCAAAUUCCUUUUUAAUUUCCGUUGAUGGUGCACACGCUCUACAUCCAAAUUACAAGGACAAACAUGAGGAAAAUCACCGACCUCUACUUCAUCGUGGACCUGUUAUUAAAUAUAACGCAAACAUGCGUUAUGCUACAAAUGGUGCUACCGCUGCAGUUGUGAAGUCAAUUGCGAAAGAAGCCUCAAUUCCCAUGCAGGAAUUUUGUGUACCGAAUGACUCACCAUGUGGCUCAACAAUUGGACCCAUUAUUUCCUCUUUAUCUGGAAUACGAACUGUUGAUAUUGGCAAUCCAAUGCUGAGCAUGCACAGUGUUCGAGAGAUGUGUGGGACAACGGACAUCUCUCACUUGGUGAACUUCAUCGAAGCAUUUUUUACUCGCUAUGCGAAUCAUGCGAUAGAGCCAUGA